AGAAACGGAAGGAAGAACAAAAUUAACGAAGAAGAAAAACGUCAGUUGAUUUUCAGCUACCAGUAAACGCGGUUACAAAUUUGAGUUAUAUGAUGAAGUUCAGUUACUGCUAAAUUAUAUCUGGGGGCUUCAUCGGCACGUUUAUCUGCUACUAGACUAGCUAGUCUGUAUUUGCUAGUACUGUAGCAAUUGCCUUUACACAGUAAUACUGGUACAUCACCCCUCGUCAUUUUGGCUAGAUUAGCUAGCUAGCUCUAGCAAGGUUAACUGAUGAUACAUAGGUGAACGCAUUGGGUGGCUCAUCAAGCUGUAAAAGACAAUCAAAAUGCAAGUCGACUGGUUAUAGAAUCAGUCCGCCCCUUCCCGUGCAAUGUCUCUGGUUUUUACGAGACCCAAUACCAACGCUAUCGGCAAGAAGGACAAAAGACUAAUGGCAGAGGUGAACGCUUCCCCGUUAAAACAUUUUGUGACAGCCAAGAAGAAGAUCAAUGGCAUCUUUGAGCAGCUGGCUGCUUACAUCAAAGAGAGUUCAUCCUUUUUAGAAGACACGUAUAAGAACGAUGAGCUGGACCCCGUCACCACGGAGGAGCAGGUUCAGGAGGUGAAAGGUUAUCUCUCCAAAGUGUCAGGGAUUGGAGAGGUGCUAGCCCGCAGGCACAUGAAGGUGGUCUUCUUUGGAAGAACGAGUAACGGGAAAAGCUCUGUGAUCAACGCCAUGCUGUGUGACAAAGUGCUGCCCUCGGGGAUAGGCCACACCACCAACUGCUUCCUGCGCGUGGAAGGCACAGAUGGACACGAGUCUUUCCUGCUCACCGAAGGCUCUGAGGAGAAGAAGAGUAUCAAAACUGUGAACCAGCUAGCCCACGCUCUACACCAGGAUGAGGACCUGGAUGCAGGCAGUCUGGUGUGUGUCAUGUGGCCAAAGGCCAAGUGUGCCCUGCUCAGGGACGACCUGGUGCUGGUGGACAGCCCUGGCAUCGAUGUCACCACAGAGCUGGACAGCUGGAUCGACAAGUUUUGUCUGGAUGCCGACGUCUUUGUCCUAGUGGCCAACUCAGAAUCCACUUUAAUGCAGACGGAGAAGUCGUUUUUCCACAAGGUCAACGAGCGCCUCUCCAGUCCCAACAUCUUUAUCCUGAACAACCGCUGGGAUGCGUCUGCCUCUGAGCCCGAGUACAUGGAGGAGGUGAGGAGGCAGCACAUGGACCGCUGCUCUGGGUUCCUGGUGGAUGAGCUGGGCGUGGUGGACCGGGCCCAGGCCAGCGACCGCAUCUUCUUCGUCUCUGCCAAGGAGGUUCUUCAGGCUCGAGUUCAGAAGGCCCAGGGCAUGCCAGAGUCAGGUGGGGCUCUAGCCGAAGGUUUCCAGGCCAGAAUGUUUGAGUUCCAGAACUUCGAGAGGCGCUUUGAGGAGUGUAUCUCCCAGUCGGCUGUGAAAACCAAGUUUGAGCAGCACACCGUGAGGGCCAAGCAGAUCUCUGAAGCCCUGCGGCUGAUCAUGGACUCUGUCCACGUGGCCGCACAGGAGCAGAGGAUCCACUGUAUGGAGACCAGAGAGGACCGUCAGGACCGGAUGGAGUUCAUCGACAAACAGCUGGACCUGCUGACACAGGACUGCAAGAGCAAGAUCAAGAAGAUCACAGAGGAGGUGGAGAGACAGGUGUCCAACGCCAUGGCCGAGGAGAUCAGGAGGCUCAACGUGCUGGUGGACGACUUCCACCUGGACUUCCACCCCUCACUGGUGGUCCUCAAGGUCUACAAGAAUGAGCUCCACAGACACAUAGAGGAGGGUCUGGGCAGGAACAUGUCUGAGAGGUGUUCCACAGCCAUCACUGCCGCCCUGCAGACCACCCAGACCGACAUGAUCGACGGGCUGAAGCCCCUGCUGCCAGGCCCGGUGAGAGAGCAGGUGGACAAGCUGGUGCCACGUCAGUGCUUCAGCCUCAGCUACGACCUGGCCUGCGACAAGCUGUGCUCCGACUUCCAGGAGGACAUCGGCUUCCACUUCUCCCUGGGCUGGACCAUGCUGGUCAACCGCUUCCUGGGGCCCAAGAACACGCGGAGAGCCCUCAUGGGCUACAACGACCAGGUUCCGCGCCCCAUGGCCCUCACUCCAGUCAGCACCAGUAUGCCCCCCUUCCCCCAGAACUCCAUGACCCAGGAGGAGCUCAUGGUCUCCAUGGUGACCGGCCUGGCCUCUCUCACUUCGCGCACCUCCAUGGGCAUCAUCGUGGUCGGUGGUGUGAUCUGGAAGGCGGUGGGGUGGCGUCUGAUCGCCCUCUCGGUGGGGCUGUACGGCCUGCUGUACGUGUACGAGCGGCUCACCUGGACCACCAGGGCUAAGGAGCGCGCCUUCAAGCGUCAGUUUGUGGAGUACGCCAGCGAGAAGCUGCAGCUCAUCGUCAGCUACACCGGCUCCAACUGCAGCCACCAGGUCCAGCAGGAGCUUGCAGGCACCUUUGCCCAGCUGUGCCAGCAGGUGGACGUGACCCGGCAGAACCUGGAGGAUGAGAUCACUGACAUGAACACCAAGAUUGAGCUACUGGACACACUGCAGAGCAAGGCUAAACUGCUCAGGAAUAAGGCAGGCUGGCUGGACAGCGAGCUGAACAUGUUUACCCAGCAGUACCUGCAUCAAGGCCGGUAGAUCCCAUCACCCCCGCUCCCAGACGCUCGGUGGAAGGAGGGACCGUGCAGGGUCAUAACCAUGGAAAAGACCUAGUGUGUCCUGUGUAUGAGCAAAGAGAAAGCCAGAGUACAUGAGAGAAAGUGAGGGUCAUUGCUACUAAGACAAAUCCCUUGCCCAAGUCAUUCACUCUCUCAUGGCCAUUAUAGGAACCAUCUUUUUCUUGCUUAUUGUUUUGCUCAUUAAUUUGUGGAGAAUAUUUUUUUAUCAGUGCUUUUUAUAGAAGUGGGAGUUUAUUUGACACCAAAUAUUGUUCGGUCAUGUAAGUUGUGUAGAGCAAAGAGGCUAGAUGUAUUAUUUUGUGUAACUGAUGUACAGUCAUGCCUUUGAACAUGGAAGUGCCACCCUAAAAAAUGCACCCUAAAAGAAGGAGAUUGAAAAAAUGACUCAAUUUUGUAAAUAGCAGGGAAUUCCAGAAGUAUAGAUUAUUUAUUCCUAUGAAUUACAAUACUACUGCAUACUUUGUGGUUACGAAAUGGUAUUGUGGUCAUGAAAUGACACUGUCUGCAUGAACAAACUCCCAUGAUACAUUGACAUGGCGUUGGGCUGUCCCAUGCAGGGGCUGCUUGGUUUGAAUGCACUCACAUGCCUUUUGGGCUCAUGUUUCUGCCAUGCCUACUUCAUGUCAUCCUUGGUUUGAUAGAAAUCAGGGUGUGUCAAAUAGAAAUAUAUGCUCUAUAACUGUCCAAUCAGUCGCCUGAUGAACUUUCAACAAUCAUGGUGGAGAAGUUGUCGUGUUGUAUCCAUAUAUGGGCAUGGCCUGGUUGGAUACAGCUAGGUUGUCUGGCAGAUGUAUUUGUUCGUUUCUAGGCUCCAGUUAAGAUGUAAUCAAAAUAGCGGGUAGGAAGGAAGUACACAAUAAAGAAAGCUUGUCAAACACUAUACUUUAAUAAAAACACAUAUAUUACCAACCUCAAUGGAAGUUCUUCACCUUAACUGCACUGUUGAAAUCCUAGGUAAUGACGGGUGGGUAAUGAUGAUAUGGUGGGAUAAAAAAAUGAACUUGCACAUCUUUUUAGAUGUCCGUGGACAGUUUGUUUGUGUCUGCCCAUGUUGUAACAACUGAGUUUGUUCAAGCAUAAUUUAUUGAAGUGUCAAUAUAGGAAACAAAUACAAUUGUUUGCAUAUUAAAAGCCUUGACCCAAACAGGUGACAUGUAGAGGAAUGAAGGUACAGGACAGAUACUCACUGUGUAGGCAUAUACCAUAGAAUGAUGCAUACAGGCAUUAGCACUAUCUACUGAAUGGCAUAUUUAUGAACUUACAUGUGUUUUUCAAUCUCCUUGUCUGUUAACAUUGUUAUUUGUCCUCCAGGUGGAAAGCAAUGUGGCUGAUGCUUAUUCUGCUCUGUCUGGCUUAAGCAGCUGCAUUCCUUAGCUGUAUUAAUAAGGAAAUCAUGUACAUGUUUGGCACCUUUAUUGUAAAUGACAUUUUCUUUGAGUCCAGUUUCUGGCUAUCUUAUUCAUUUGUUUUGUUAGUUUAACAAAAACAACGAAGCAUCUGCUCAAACCAAACUGUAAAUAAGCAACAGCUAUUGUCUCUUAUGUUGGAUUGUGUUUGUGCCAAGUGAUAGAGGAAGGCUACUUCAGCAGAGCACUCUGGAGCCCAAAUGUGCACUUUAUACUUUGCUGCUGUUUUUUCUGCUGUUUUGUUUGUUUCAUUUUUGUACUUAAUUUCUGCUUUCCGUAUUGUUUCCCAAUAGCAGAAAUAAGUCAGGAAGAUUGAUAAAUGUUUGGGUAGACACAAGAACGUUUCAGCUAGAUUGUAACAUGUAGAUAUGCAUGCAGUGACUAUUGUGAUCUGUUGUCAUGUUAACCGAUACAUUAAUCAAUAUAAAGAUGAGUAAUAAAGUUGACACUAGGAAACCUAUAGUCUUGUAAAGGAGUCCUAGUUUCACACUGUCCUACACUCAAUGCUGUUUUUAUAUUUCGUGUUUUUUUUUGGGCCAUCCUGACAUUGUAAAAAGUUGGUAACCACUGAAGGUACCAUGGUGAUUAGAAUAGUCUAACAUCAUCUUUAUGCCCAUUUUUACAAAGAUGUUUGGAGCUGUAGUGACACUGCAUUGGAGGUGUUUACAGUAGUAGUGACAUGUCUCGCUAGCUGACCUAGUACCAUUACUACGCUCUUACUACGAUAAUUUUCUUAUGUGUCUCUGUGUACCAUAACACUGAAACACACUAUAUUGAUUUAUUAUGCAUCCUGUUUUCAUUUGAAUCAUUUGACAUAAGAUGUUCAUGUGCAUGGACACCAAUCAAUGCAUUCUGUAGACCAUCAGGGUUUAGGA